CGGAAAGCUUGAUGGAGGUUGUAAAGCGAAACUUGUCAGGUCUGUGCGGAUAUCGUGUGAUUUUUGACCAACCAGCAACGGCUGCUGUUAAUUCCCCAUCUACCCCUUGUGCCCCUUGUCGUUGAAAAAAGUUGGGUAGCUCUGGCUGGGUAGUUCUAGCCUCUAGGUAUGGGAUUAAGCCGCUAAAAAAAACAAAUGGUACGCCCAUCACCUCCCCCAUUCUCCCCCCCCAUUCAAACUUGCAGUCUGCUGUACGGUACCAGACUACCAGUAAACGUCUGUGUCAGUGUGUCUACACCUACCUCCACACAUCCCAUCCCCCCGACACAACCCGUCUUGACCUGUGCUGGAGCUUUACAGGAAUUGGCUCGAUCACGUUAGCCUCAUAUGUAGAAAUUAGAAAUUAGCAAUGGAUUUUAAAUUAUCGGCAUCAAAGAUAUCCCUGUGACACAACUAUCUUUGCCCCCCCUGUCGCUGGCAAGAAAGCUGUCGCAAUGACGCCACUUGAUUGGUCGGACCUCGUCGCAACCUCCUGUUUACCUGCAACCUCGUCGACCUCAACCUCACUACCUCUCGUUCUCGCCCUCAUCAGCACUCCAUCAACCUUUACCCAAAAUCUCUCCAAAACCUCUCCUUCGUGGUCGCAAUCAUCCAGCGACUGCUAUUAGAAAUUAAAUAUUCAAUUUUCUGCCACAUAUACCACACUAUUCACCUCUCUUUUGCACCGUCAUGCCUGUCGAGCUCCGCAAGCGCAAAGCUCCUGCGCCGGCCCCAGAGCCUCCGGCCAAGAAGCAAUCCAAAGUAUCCAAGGCAGCUACUAAGGUGAAGGAGACUGUCAAGGCCAAACCUGCAAAGUCUGCCACUGCCAAUGGCUCAUCCAAGCCCGCGAAGCCCGCGAAGCCCGUCGUCGGUGACACUAUCACCCUCGACGGCUUUGGCGGUGAGAUCGAGACUAAUGACGGCAACAAGACUACUUUGAAAGCCUUAGUAGAUGAGAGCAAGUCCGGAGUUGUGCUCUUCACAUACCCCAAGGCCUCAACCCCUGGCUGUACCAACCAAGCCUGUCUCUUCAGAGACUCCUACGAGCCCUUUACUAAGGAUGGUCUCGCUAUCUAUGGCCUUUCGACUGAUUCGCCCAAGGCCAACACCACCUUCAAGACCAAGCAGAACCUACCUUACCCGCUGCUAUGCGACCCCAGCGCUACCCUUAUUGAGGCUAUUGGUCUCAAGAAAGCACCCAAGGGUACCACUCGAGGUGUCUUUGUCGUUGACAAGGCUGGAAAGGUCCUUCUUGCUGAGCCUGGCAGCCCAGCUGGCACGGUCGAGGCUGUCAAGAAGCUGGUUGCUGCCAGCGAGGGAGAUGUCGCAAAGGAGCCUGCUGACGAAAAGCCAGCAGAAGAGCCCGCCAAGGAAGCCAAGACUUCUAAUGGCGACACUGCUGAGGAGAAGAAGGAUGUUGGAACCGCUGAGUAAUGAGAGAAGGGAAUUUCAUUCGUCUGGUUUUGUCUAUGGAUUAGGUAUCUUGUCAUCUGGUGACGGCAGAAUAGUCUUGUUGAAAUCUUAGUACCUGGCUUGCGCAUCAACGUAGAUAACCAGGAUCAAUCAAGCACAAUCAACGUGAUCCGCUUGCUACUUUCAAUGUGACAUAUAUCUAGAUAUUGCAUCAUCGAAGAAAUAGGAACCUGAUUGAUCUCCAUUCAAGUUUUAGCCUACCAAGGGUACCUACUACUAUGAAGGUCAAUGUAGUAAGAUUAGAAGUCAACUUGUACAAACUUGUAUAAAUGUUAGGAAAUGUGAGGAAAUGUGAGGAAAUGUGAGGAAAUGUUAGAUAGUGCAUGAUAGUGGGGACAUGGAAGACCGGGGAUUAGCCGGGUGGGUUUA